UUUCAGACAGUCCUUAACAUUGGCUUUAAAAGCACUUGUCAUCUAAACUUCGCACUCAAAAAUCACUCUUACUAUGAAAUAGCGGUUGAAGGACAUCGUGGCGUGAAGCGCACCCACACCAAACCCUAAAGAAGAAGACUAGUAGACUGGAUAAAUAUUUUCAGACGUUUAAGUUUCUCUGGCAGGCCUGUCCGACCUGCAUUUAGAAUCCGGCGACAUCUGAUCUAACCACUACGUGCCGCGUGCGCACCCACGCACCUAGAUCCCUGGUUGUUUCUCGGUAAAGUAAGUUGUGAUGACCCUGUCUGGUGGCAACAGUGCCAACGACAUGUCCGGUCAGACAGUGCUCACUGCCGAGGAUGUGGAUAUCGACGUGGUCGGCGAAUGCGAUGAUGGAAUGGAGCGGGACAGCGACUGCGACAGCCAGGGGGGCAUGCACGACCGCUCGGAGGAGGUGGAGGAGAUAGAAGUGAAGGAGAGGUCCGGGAGUCCCUGCGAGAGCGCCGGGGAGGGAGAGACCAAAGCAGACGGCGCGGAAAGCGCGUCGGGUUCCAUAAGCAGCAAGCCAAAAAACAGCCUGGUGAAGCCACCCUACUCCUACAUCGCGCUCAUCACCAUGUCUAUACUCCAGAGCCCGCAGAAGAAACUCACACUCAGCGGGAUCUGCGAGUUUAUCAGUAGCCGGUUCCCGUAUUACCGGGAGAAGUUUCCAGCCUGGCAGAACUCCAUCCGCCACAACCUGUCGCUGAACGACUGUUUCGUGAAAAUCCCCCGGGAGCCGGGCAACCCUGGCAAAGGCAACUACUGGACCCUGGACCCACAAUCGGAAGAUAUGUUUGACAACGGCAGCUUCCUCCGGAGGAGGAAACGUUUCAAGAGGCACCAGCCAGAUAUUCUCAGGGACCAGACAGCCCUCAUGAUGCAAAGUUUUGGGGCUUACAGUAUUGGGAAUCCUUACGGACGUCACUAUGGAAUUCACCCAGCCUACACCCAUCCAGCGGGGAUGUACCCUUACAUGCACCCGGUAGGUCCCAUGCUCCCCCCGACUGUCCCUCUUUUGUCCUCCGCUGAGCUGAACAGAAAAGCCUUCAACUCCCAGCUCAGCCCCAGCCUUCAGAUGCAGCUUAACAGCCUUAGCACAGCGUCUAUGAUCAAGUCCGAGCCCUCCAGCAGACCGUCUUUCAGUAUAGAAAACAUCAUCGGGGUAUCCACGUCCUCGAGUGCACAGACUUUCAUGCGGCCUCCGGUGACUGUUCAGUCUGCGUUGUUGAGCGCACAUGGCCUAACCAGGACAACGGCAGCUAUUGCACCAAUUCUUAGCAUGCCAUCUAAUAUCAUGUCGGGACAGUUUUUACCCUCAGUAACGUCAGCAGUGUCCAAAUGGCCUUCUCAAUAAAAUACUUACAUUUUUCUAGAGACUUGGAGGGACUGUAUACAGCACGAUAUAAGCAGCACUGGACUCUGACGUCCGCCAAUCUGUAGCCAUGUAAAAACAACAAAAAGAGAGAAAAGGAAUGCUUUUUGUACAGGUAAUAUUUGUACAUAUUUGUAAAAAAAUAAAGAAUUUGACUUGUUUGACCUUU